CUGUCCUCCUUCCAUCCUUGGCAGACAAGAGCUUGCAAAAGAGGACCCCGUCUCUGGCAAGCUCCGCUGGAGGUGAAGUUCGAGAUAUACAUCGCGUUAUUCUGGCCUGCGCCCUCUACUCGUACAGUUGGCGGUCAUUGUUUCACUAAUAGCACUCUUACUGUUUUAGCUCUCUUUUUAUUGAUACUCACCCCCUGCUUAUUGGUUUCUGGUUUUGUUUUUUAUCUUGGCCACUCGUUCUUGUUUUAUUCUUUCCCUCUUUCCCUUUUGUUGUAUUCCAUCCAUCCUUUUGUCGCUGAAUUCUUUAUUAUUAUUAUUUUUUUAAAAAAUCAUACCUUGAUAACUUCUCACCCACCGAGAUAAGAUAGAAAAGUUUCCUGUGCUUUCUUUCUUUCUUCAAAAAAAAAGCUCAACCAUGGCGUCUCCUGUGCGAAAGAAGCCGCUGCCGGUGAGACUACCGCUGUCUCCCCAAAAUGUUGAUUUCAAGGGGAAGGGGAAGGGAAAGGGGAAGGGGAAGGGAAAGGAGAAGGAAUGUGGAUCGGGUUUCGAGAGGCUGCCGAGAGAAAUUAUACAACAAAUAUUGUAUGCAGCUGAUCCUAAUACCUUCGAUUCUCUAACCCUUGUCAAUUCAACAUGGCACAAAGCAUCACGAACUCCACUUCUCUACGCCCACCAGUUGCGAAAGUCCGGUGCAGUAGAUGUUCCGGAUGAGCCGAGCGAGGACUCACUCCCCAACCUCAUUCAACGUUUUUCGGCAAAGGCCCGGCGGGAGCUCUUUGAAACUAUCCUACACCCACAGAUCACCGAAAUCCAGCUCAUUUGCGAGGCCUCUUCGUCAGCUGCUGCAUUCCCCGGUGGUGAGCCAUUCAGGUUUGAGUUUUCGCCGAGAGGGAGACAUCUUCUGGCGUUUAGCUCGAGUCGGAUCUUUGUGCUUGACCUAUCUAAGCCGGAGGUGGAUGUUAAGCGGGAGCUAAAGAUUGGUAAAAGACCGGUAUCUGCCGCUAUUGUCGACGACGGGACCGCUAUUGCUGUUCUCUCUAGUAAUCAUCACGUUACCUUAUAUGAUCUCACCCGGGACAAGGCGCGCAUUUUGAAGGCGAUCCUUCUGGAGAACGAGCCAAGGACCAUCGCUCUUUCACCAGGAGCCGAAGUACUGGGUGCGGCGUACAACGGGGGGAUAGAAGUCUAUUCCUUACUCCCGGAUGCCGUCGCUUCAGAUCGCCGGGCAGUAAAUUGUGAUACUGUCGAUUCUUUGGCCUUCUCAUCUGAUGGGACCAUUUUACUGGGGACGACGCUUAAUUCCAGGUCGCCGACUACGGUAAUUGUCUCAGCACAGCACUUUUCCACAGAUUUGCCUAUGGAGGGAUUGGCGCAACUAUGGACCACCCAAGUCUUAUUCCCUAGGAGCUCCCGUGAUAGUAGCCAUGCUAGCUUGCUGCAGGGGAGUCAUGCAGAGGAUGAAAACACCUGGACCUUUACCUACGACCGUGUGUAUGAGACUUUCCGCGCUGUUAGAGUCGAUGACCUUCGCAAUGGGCAUACGUACUUUACCGGACCUUCAAGUGAGAGCCUGGGAAUUGUUCCGCCAACUACGCUGCCUGCGCCGACCAGAGAUGGUCGGAUGGUUGCCGCAGGAUUUGGCGGGAAAGUGUGGGUUUAUGGAAUUCCGGGAAAGUUGGAUUUACCCCCUGAGGGGUCUGAGGGGGGCAGUGUGAAUAGCGUGUCGGCAACACCCGAACGAAGCAAUAGUACUGCAGGGAAUGGUGGAACUGGUAGUGGAGCGGGGGGGUUGACAUGGGAAAGGGGUCAACUGGGGGCCAUUAAUGUUCCGCAGUGGCAGGUUCUUUGCGACAAAAUGAGGAAUGUCUUCAUUCGAGGACGAGAGAUCAGUGAGGUCCAUUCGUUAGCUGGGUUGAGGUUUGUUCAGUGUGCGAAUGGUACGGAACGUUUGGUCGCAGUGGCUGGGGGCGGGGUUGAUGGUCUACUUGGGGAGGUAGGGGAAGAGGAGUUUUUGGCUAUUGGUGGUGGGAGGGUCAUGCUCUAUGAUUUUGGAAGGCGGCCGGGAGUGGGUGAGACGACGGUUAUGACGCUGGAAAUUGGAGAUGGGAUUCAAGGACCUGUGGAGACAUUGGAGGAGCAACAGAACGACAUCGAGGUAGAAGUAGACCUCGUUCGGCGUAGGACGGUUGCGCAGCAGAGAAAAGGUGACCAACGACAGUCGGCACUGCGAUAUGCUAGGAGUGAUACUAGUAGUGUUAGUCCACCUCUGCCACCGGUUUCGAGACAGCCUCAACCGUCUCCUCCGCGCCCAUCAUCUGCUUCUGCUAUCUCUAGGCUUUCGUCUUUUGAUGAGAACGAUGCUGGAUAUGAGGGUAUGGACGCAAUUCCUUACUAUCACGGUGACCCACGCUCUCGGGGCACCCUACAGCGAGCGGCAUCAGCGGCGAGAAAUGUACCCCAAACUGCUACAAGUGCUCGCUAUCUACGGGUGGUGGGCCCGGAUGGCAGGCCCCUACAGAACCAGACGAUGCCAGGCUUCCGUGAAGAGGAAGAUUGGGUUCCUCCGCCGCCACCCUAUACCCCAAAGAACGACAACGAACGCCCUCUACCCCCACACCUUCUUCAGAGCCUACAGGGCCCCCCACGCUUCAACAGCCUUGCCGAUGCAUCCGAGGAGCCACCGCGUGCUUCUAGUGCUCUCAGUCGUACACGGAGUACUUUUGGGGCGAUAGUGCGCCGACCUAGUGUCUUCCGCAUCUCCACAAAUAACCAGCCCAACCUCAGCGUUCAACCCACUCACUCCUACGCCGAUAUCUCCCACUCACGUUCCGCUCCUGUUAGUCCCGCUGUGGGAAACCCUGGUGCAGUGCACAUGGGUAUUUUUGCAAGAACUGAGGAACCAGUAUAUAUGGCGACGCAACAGCACAACCAAUAUAGCCGGCGUGGCAGUGCCAGUGACAUCCUCACCAGUCCGCCAGCAGCUGGCUCAGUGCCAGGCAUGUAUCGCGAGUCUUCGGCGCCACUACCACGACAAAGUCACAACGACCCUGCAGGUCACUACACACCCUUACCAACCCCCCUGCCACCACUACCUCAGCCACCACAGGCAUACUACGGCAACAGCCUCCUCCCGGACCGAUUGCCGCCACAACCACGAUCCCCAACCAACAGACGCAACUCGGCCCAAUACCGCCCAAUGCCCACCCGCAGACCAAGUCCAGGCCGCUCGCCCUCCAGUGGGCGUAGGGUAAACCUCCAAGAAUCUUAUGCGCCGAAUUCUUCAUUACUCGUGCCUAGCGAGAGCGGACAUAGGCGGGGUCCAAGCUCGAGAAGCGGCAGCGUGAGGAAUACUGGUGGUGGUAGUGCCGGUGCAGGAAGUAUUCGCGUAGGCCGGGGAGUUUGCGGGAGCAUUAGGAGGAGCUCGAGUCGGCCGGAAAGGAGCGCCGCUGCGAACGUUCGUGAGAGGAAGAAGAGGAGGGGGCAAAGGAGGGCGGUUGAGGAGCAAGCGGGGGAUAAGAUGGGGUGUGUUAUUAUGUAGGGGAGCUUGGGUGUUAUUUGUUCCUGUUAUUGUGAUAGUUGUUAUCGUUUUGGGUGGGCAUUAUUUCCAUUCUGUUAGUGAGUGAGUGAGGUGUGUAUAUACGAGUUGGUUUCUGGAGGGAGUGUGACGCCCUCCGGUAGUUGUCUCUUAGGUUACAUUUCUUUUCUGUUACUAUAUCAAGGCGGAAUUGCCUUGGGCUUACUUAGAAGGACUAUUGGUUUUGGGUUUUAUCUUUUGUCUUCUUUUCCUCUUGCUAAUUGCACAACUUUUAUAGCCUAAUAGUACUUGCAAGUGGUCUAUCUUUGGUAGAUAGACUACCUACACUGUGCUCCUCAUGUAUCAGAAAUAAUUCUCACAUACACGAA